UUGGAGUCGAGAGAACUUGUAAAAUUAAACAUAUUUGCUUUUCUUUUGAUAACUACGCCAACAUGGGCAAAAAAAAUUAUUUUUUUGCAAUAUUAUUAUUUUUUUAUAAUAUUUUACCCUUUUUUUAA